GCCGGGAAGCCUCGCAAGACUCGAUCGACCUGGAUGCGUUGAACCGAAUACUAGACGGCAAGCUCGAAGCCUACAUGCGCGAAGUACGAGACACGAAGGGCUACCUCAUGCUAAACGACACUACCCACCUCGAAGCGAAACAGAAAGCGCUGGCUUGCUUCGUAGACAAGGGAACCUGGACUCAAGACGACGACUCCAAUCGGCUCACCUACCAGCCCGACAAUUCCUGCCUGCAAAAGGCCAACUCCGCCUCCCUGCAAGCUUCUGUCACUGACCUCUGCUCCACAAUAUCCUCCAAAAAGGUCCUCCUCGUCGGCUCCGAAGCAACGCACCACCUCCACACCCUCUGGCUCGACGCCCUUGACGAAGGCCACACCUGCCUCGGCCCUGAGUUCUGCACCUUCCACCACGUCUGCCUGCCUCCUGCCAUGCGCACCGCUGCCUCCCUAGGCGAGCCGCGCUUUAAAAGGCUCCCGCGCGACCAGGAUCUCGCCGAGCUAGGCUCCGCGCUCGUGCGCUUCUCGCUAUCAUCGUCGCUGCUCGUGCCGGACAGCCCUCGUGUAUAUAGCGAGGUGCGCGUCGAUGCGCGUACGGGCGUGCGAGCGAGGGAUAGCAACUGGCUCGAGCAGGCGCGGCGCUCGCAGGUUGUGGUGAUGAAUCGGGGCCCGCUGCCCGCGCCAGCGGCGACGUACAACGUUAGCGAUGGGCCGGAUGCCCUCGAGCGCUGGCAGGUGCCGUGGAGAGGCGUACUGGAACAGAUUGCUACCGACGACUACGUGGGAUCCGAUGGACGGCUUUCGCGCAUCGACCGGCUCGUCAACGCGGCGCUCGACGUCACACUACGCUCUAUGCUGCCUGAGGUCAUCGAGACGCUCGCCCUCAUGCGCGAAGACGACGUCGUCAGCAAGAACUCUCUGAUCUGGCACGGCGCGUGGUACAAACAACCUCGGUGCGCUUCUGGAAAGCCCUCCUCAUCAAACAUUCUCUCGGAAGUCUUGAGCCCAUCGCUCGAUCCUUGGACGCUGUAUCACAACCUUCAGGUCUACAUGCAAAACCGAAUCAUGCGCACGCUCAUGCCUUCUUUCGGUGUUGCUUUCAUGUCACUCGUCUUACCGCGAACCGAAGGCGACAUCUCACAUGCAGCUCCCGCGCUCAAGCGUCUGAGUCCCGGGAAGGAUGUAUCGCUGCCAAAUUUGACUGCUCUCGAUCGCGCAAAGUCAGUUGCCUCAUUGGAGGAGCGUCGAAAGCGUUCAGACUGCAUUCGGCACUCGGGCACCUCUCCAGGUGGUCGAGUGUUGCAGGUUGUGUUCUUGCGCUCCCUCGACUUCUUGCUGGCAUCUGGCAGUCAGCAGUAUCUGUACAAGGUAGGUAUUCAAUAGGAACACGAAAGACUCAAAUAGCGAUGUUUCAGCAAAGAAGUCAGCGAUACCCUCUGUUGGUUGAUCCCCUCGUAACCAUUUAGUGAUCUUUCUAGUGAC